AUGCUUAAAUAUUCUAUUUUACGUGCUUCAACGCAUGCUAGGGCGAAUAUUCAUUCUAUGUGGAGACCUGUGGGUCUUUCUUUCGGGAACAUUCGUCAUAACUCAAGUAUUACUGCUGAAUCAUCGACUACUACUUCAGACGUCGUAUCAUCUACAUCAUCAGUGUCUGAAAUUCAAACACAGUUACCGUCUUUUGAUAGCAUAGAGUUAGAACAAGGCAUUCAGGCAGUCGGUGAUGCUUCAAAUCAGAUUGGAUAUUUGUCUUCUAUUGGCAUGGCUAACUCUUGGUUUUGGCCAACAGAUAUUAUACAAAACAUUCUGGAACAUGUACAUGUAUAUUGUGGGUUACCAUGGUGGGGAACCAUCUGUGUUACAACGGUGAUGAUAAGAGUCCUGAUGUUUCCAUUGUAUGUCAAAUAUUCUGACUUAUUUGGUCGUACAUCUAGGGUCAAACCGGAAUUAGAUAAAGUUAAUAAAGAACUUAUGCAAUAUGCAGAUGUGGCCGAGGCACAGAAAAUAACCAUGAAACGCAGAAAGUUGUUAAAUGAAAAUGGCAUUAAAAAUCGGUACCUGGCUGUGCCAAUUCUUCAACUACCAAUCGCUAUUUCAUUCUUUGCAGGUAUUAGACAAAUGGCUAACUAUCCUGUGGAUGGGUUUUCCACUCAAGGUAUAGCUUGGUUCAAAGAUUUGACUCAAGCGGAUCCAUAUCUAGGUUUACAAACACUCACUGCUGCCUUAUUCAUAUCUUUGGCAAGAAGUGGUGGUGAAUCAGGUGCGCAGCAGUUUUCACCCCAGAUGAAGAAGCUCUUUACCUUUUUGCCACUGUUGACGAUCCCUGCUACUAUGAAUUUAUCCAGUGGUGUGGUAGUUUAUUUGACCAUGAAUGGUAUAUGUUCCGUAGUGCAGACCCUUUUGUUGAAGAACUCCUAUAUUAGAGGUAAGUUAAAUAUUGCUGAAAUUGUUAAACAUCCUCAACCUGCAAGCGAAGGCCCUCCAAAAGGUAUAAUAGAGAGUUUUAGAGAAAACAUUAAGAAUGCUAGGGAACAAGCGGAAAGAAGGGCGGAGAUGAAAGAGAAACAAUUUAAAAUGCAGGAAGCUGCAAAGGAGGAGAAAUCAAAUUCUCGUAUUAAAAUAGUUCGCAGAUCUGACCUUAAAAAGAAUCAGUAA